AAGAAAAGAGAAAACUCCGAUACACACACGACACACGCAGACUACAACAGGAGAGAGAGAAGCUAGAGAGAGAGACAAGAGGGAGAGGGGAAACAGAACCACCGGGCGGCCGGAGACGCCAAAAAUACAUCUUCCCGGCCGAGGCAAGAAAUCAAAAUCCUCCGCAACAAUCCGUCGCAUUUGCGCCCCCUGUACGGCGAAUCCGCCAUGGGGAGGGCGAGAUUUCUCCUUCCCCUCCUGCUCCUCGCCGUCGCGGGCCUCACCCCCGCCCCCGCCGCCGCGGCGACGGCCAUGACCGCGGAUGCGGGCGUCAUCUUGGACCUCGCCAAGUCGCUGACCAACCCGCCGCCGUCCUGGACCGGCACCGACGUCUGCGGCGGCGUCUCCUUCAGCGGCAUCACCUGCGACGGCGCCGGCCGCGUCACCGGCAUCAACCUCGUCAAGCUGCAUUUAUCCGGCACCCUUCCCUCGUCCUUCGCCAAUCUCACCGCGCUCCAGUCGCUGCAGCUCCAAGGCAAUGUGCUGGAGGGCGACGUGCCCUCCCUGGCCCGGAUGGGCUCCAUCGAGACCCUUGUUCUCGACGGCAACGCCUUCUCCGCCCUGCCGCCGGACUUCCUCGAGGGUCUCCCCUCGCUGCUCAAGCUCAGCAUGGACGACCUCCCUCUCAAGCCAUGGAGCAUCCCCGACGCCAUUGCGGGGUGUGCCAUGCUGCAGACCUUCUCGGCCUCCAACGCCUCUGUCUCUGGUCCCUUCCCGGCGGUUCUUGCCAACCUGACAUCGCUACAGACGCUGCGGCUGUCGUACAAUAAUCUCACCGGGGUCCUGCCGGUGGGGUUAGAGGCGUUGGGCGCGCUGGAGACACUGCAGCUCAACAACCAGAGGUCAGCUGGCAAGCUGUCAGGGCCAAUUGAUGUUGUGGCGAAGUUGCCAAGCUUGAAGAGAGUGUUUCUUCAGUCCAACUCCUUCACCGGCCCGAUCCCGGAGUUUGACCCCAACUCACAGCUGGAGACUUUCAAUGUCAGGGACAACAGUCUCACUGGACCGGUGCCACCGUCUCUUAUAGGGAUCACAACCCUUCAGGAUGUGACGCUGUCCAAUAAUUUUCUUCAAGGGCCAAAACCAAACUUCACAGCUAAGGCUAAGGAUAUUGAUUCUGGGAACGGGUUCUGUCACAAAGACCCUGGGCCAUGCGAUCCGCUGGUGACCACUCUGCUUGGGGUAGCUUUAGGGUUUGGAUACCCAUUGCAGCUUGCGAAGUGGGCAGGAAACAACCCGUGUGAUCCAUGGCCUGGUCUUUCCUGCAUCAAAAUGGAUGUAACUCAAAUCAAAUUGCCUCGCCAGAACUUGUCAGGGAUUAUUUCACCGGCUUUUGCAAACCUGACUAGGCUUCAACGGUUGGAUCUGUCUAACAAUCAACUCACGGGGGUGAUACCAGAUGCUUUGACGACACUGGAAAGCCUCAAUUAUCUUGAUGUCUCAAAUAAUCACCUUACUGGACAAGUGCCUGAGUUUAAGCAGCCUAUAAAGCUGAUGACUGCAGGCAACCGGUUUGGGGAAUCAGGUGGUGAUAGUGGAGGGGGUGGCUCCAAUGAUGGGUCCUCAUCUUCCGAUCCAACAGGUUCACAUAAGUCAAAUGUGGGAAUGAUCAUUGGAAUUCUUCUAGCUGUCAUUCUUCUUGUCAUUUGCGUUGGGCUUUUCCUACAUCAUCGAAGGAAAAAGAAUGUGGACAAGUUCAGUCCUGUCUCAACAAAGAGCCCUUCUGGUGAAUCUGAUAUGAUGAAGAUUCAGGUAGUCGGGACAAAUGGCCAUAGCAACAUAAGUGGUUCUGUAGGCCCAACCGAGCUUUACAGUCAUUCAAGUGCUGACAGCGCAAACCUUGCUGACCUCUUCGAGUCCCAUGGGAUGCAAUUACCGAUGAGUGUGCUACUAAAGGCCACAAACAACUUUGAUGAGGACUACAUCUUAGGUAGGGGGGGCUUUGGGGUGGUUUUUAAGGGGACUCUCAAUGGCAAGCUGGUUGCUGUGAAGAGGUGUGACAGUGGCACUAUGGGAACUAAAGGGCUGCAAGAAUUCAUGGCUGAGAUUGAUGUUCUUAGGAAGGUGAGACAUCGACACUUGGUUGCAUUGCUUGGGUACUGCACACAUGGCAAUGAGAGGCUCUUGGUCUAUGAAUAUAUGUCGAGAGGAACACUACGUGAGCACUUGUGUGAUCUUCAACAGAGUGGUUAUGCUCCUCUUACAUGGACACAAAGGAUGACAAUAGCUUUGGAUGUUGCCCGGGGGAUAGAAUAUUUGCAUGGUUUGGCGCAGGAGACUUUCAUCCAUAGGGAUCUGAAGCCUUCCAACAUAUUGCUGGAUCAAGAUUUAAGAGCCAAGGUUUCGGACUUUGGAUUGGUGAAGCUUGCAAAAGAUACAGAUAAGUCCAUGAUGACAAGAGUAGCAGGGACAUUUGGAUACCUUGCGCCUGAAUAUGCCAACCUCCAGAUGUCCUGGGACAAACUUCUCACCACAGUUGAAACAAAGGCCAUUGGCUUUCCUGUAAUCUCUGAGCUGCCUGUCUUUCCACAAGGGAGAAGAUUGCAAUUGUGGCUUUGUGUCAGACUUAAGUUGAUUGUACUGUCUGUUGGUAUAGGAGGGUUUACUGAUCCUGGUUUUACCCCUUUCGAGCACCCUUUGUUGCACCUUAGCUAAUGUAGCUGCCUUGAGGACAGUAGGAGGCAUUUGGGCUUCUACCAUUCCUCUGACCUCAUCCUUUAGACCCAUUAAGUAAUGAUGUGUGAAAAACAUGUCAUCAUAGUUAGCAUUAUGCAUAGUCACUCCAUAUUGUAAAUUCUGGAAUUUGGUGGUGUAAUCUUCCACAGAUCCUGUCUGUUUGAGUUCCAGCAGCUCAUUCAUGGAUGAUCUGAAAUCACCUGACCCAAAUUCUUGCAAAAUGACAGAACAAAAAUGUGUCCAGCUCUUGAAUGUAUUGUGUUGCUUGAAGGCUUGGUACCAUUUAGCUGCAUUGUCCUUGAGAUGGAGCCUUGCUGCUGUGAUCCACAUGCCUUCAGGUAUCUGAUAAAGCUCAAAGUAGUAUGUGCAGUUAUCUAGCCACACCUUGGGAUCAGAACCAUAAAAGACUGGGAAGUCCAUCUUUGGCAUGGUCUGUUUGGUUAGAGUUUGUUUCUCUACAGUGGGGGGAGGGUUCCCUUUUUCCUGUCUUGGUGGCAGUUUGUGUUUGGUAGAUGUUUCAGGUCUUCCAGUGGGUUGUGGCUUAGCAAACACAUUGUGAAAGGACUCAUUGUCAUCCAUCACUUGGGAAUGGAUGUCAUCUGCCUCAGUGUCUUCAUCAAAUUUUGGUCCUUCUGCAUACUUUGCUGAGUCUUCCAUUUGCCGAAGAGUGACUCUGGCUAUGGCCUCCCCAUUAGCGUGCACCUGCUUGGCAAUGAUAUGUUGUUCUUCAGCAUACUCAUCCAUAACAGCUGAUCUGAGGUCCAUUUGCGCUUUCAUUUGCUUCUGCACAGUAUGCAUCUCGUUGAUCUGUUGAAACAUGAGCUCCAGAUUCUUCUGUAAGUCAGCCCAUCGGCCAUCGUCCUCAUCCGAGUGCCUAGACAUGUUGUCUAGGAUAAGUUGUGUUUGUUGAGAAGGAUGAACCACGCCUUUCUUCUUGGGACCUGUGUUGGAGAACUGGGUAAGACGAGACUGUGGAAAGUGGAAUAUGGUACCAGCAGUAGGUUUGGAAAAAACAAAUUCCUCCCCUUUUGCCCUGCUGAGUACAAUCGCCGCCGCCUGAGAGUGAGGCGGAACCGAGGGAUUUUACACCCGAACAGUUGGAGUGCAAGCGCAAUCGCAACAGUCUGGCAACCCAAGUUCACGGACACUCUCCCACCAUUCUUCUCCGCACCACAAGAACAGGUAAAGAAAAGCUCCGGAAUUUUACACAGGAACAAGUGCCCUGCAACCCUUGCUCUCUGUUCCUAUGUGCACGAUGGAUGGAAAGAAAAAAAAAGGAGCAAAUUUGGGGUUUGCUCACAGUGGGUCACACCGCCGACCACAGGUUGUUGGUGUAGUCCCCCAGUCGAGCAGGUGUCGCGCCGAAGCCGGUGUCGAUGUAGAUCCCAGCGUAGUGGUUGGAUCGAGCGCAGAGAGUGCGUCGAUGGUUUGCUGACGCGGUCGUGAGGAUCCGCGACAAGCUGGAGGUGGAUUGGUGGUGGAGGUGGAGGUGGAGGUCGACGCGGUUGAUGUCCCGCGGCGGCCGAUAACUUGGCGACGAGGACGUGAACUGCUGCUCACCCACGCGCCGAGGAAGUCCUGCUCUGAUUACCAAUUGUCACACCCCGUUGCCGCGGCGGGUCACCGGCGGCGUGAGACGAAGACAGACUUACGGCGAACCCUGACGCCGGCGGGUUAACCCCCUGCCUUGGCGUGCGUGUGUAUUACUGAAUGUUUCCAUGUCCUGGAUACAGCAAUUGGCGACACUUAUGUGUUCGCUUACAGUACUGGCGCUAGGGCCCCACACGUCAUAGAAUCACUGGAAUACAUAAUGUGUAAAUACGUAAACGCAAUACAGAAGCGGUUUCUUGCUUGAGCUUCACUCCUGGACGUCGUGUGUGACAUUCCUGCUGCAGCAAAACAAACAAGGGCAGCAGCAGAUUAUCUUACAAUCAUCAGCUAAAGAGAGAUCCUUUGCCCUUGAUUAUGGCGAGCCAAUGGCUGUAAAAGGUUCUGUUCAUUUGAUGAACCACUUAUCCACAAUAGAUUUAGCUUUUAUAUCCUUUCCCCAAAUGUCCCUGAUCUUAGUAGUGAAGCUCAGGGUAUUUUAGCCAUGAAGUUUCAAAGCAGAAGGCUCUCGAUACUACUUUAUUUUCCAGAUGUGAACCGUAGACCAGAGGGUUAUGGUCAGAUUUAUAUCUCAGUAUUUUCUUCACAUUGCAUAGAGGGAAGUCCUGUUCCUAAUCCUUUGAAAUAAGCAACCUAUCAAGCUUUUCAUGAGUAGGUUCGUUCUAUUACUCCAGGUGAACUUGCCUCCUUGCAUUACCACUUCCCUAAAUUCAUAGGAAUUGAUGAUUAAGUUAAAAACCUCAAUGUAUUUGUUGUUUAUAAACUUUGUAUUCUUCUCACUACUAUAUCUUCUUUUUUUUUUGGAACUCUGAAAAUUUACGCAUUACAUUACGGCAAAUCGCCGGAUACCAGUACAGAUACAAACUCAGGAACUUGGCUCAUUAGCAUAGAAGAGCCAGAUUCAAGGACAAAAGCUCCAUAGGUUGCUAGACUGUCUGCUACUUUAUUACAAUUUCUAUUACAAACAGAGACAGUACAAGAAGAGAACUCAAAAUGCAUGAAGUCUCUUAUCUGUCUAUUUAUAGAACCAAUAGAACUUCCAUCAAUCAGCAUAGAGUUGAGAGCAUCGGCAAGAAUAGUUGCAUCGGUCUCCGAAAUGAUUUUCGCCAUACCCAAUUGUGCUGCAUGUUGGAGGCCUUUGUAAGCGGCGAUAGCUUCACUAUGAAUCACUGAUGCUGCAAAAGAGAUAUUUCCAGCUCCAGAUGCAAUCACUUCUCCAUUUGCAUUCCUUAUAACAAAACCCCAUCCUCCUGUUCUAGAAUCUGAGUGAAAAGCGCCAUCAAUAUUUAUUUUGUAUGUAUCAUCAGGAGGUGUCUUCCACGAGCUUUUAAUAUCCUUAGCUACAAGUUUAUUUGUUGUAUUUAGUUUCUCAAAAACUGAAAGAUAAUACAGAAUUGAACUCUGUAUCUCAGCCACAUUUAUAAUUUUUCUGUAGUCAUUGGCUUUGUUUCUUGCCGACCACCAUCUCCACAAAAGCAUCACCACCUUUAAUUGAUCAUCUUUUCCAAAGGACUAGAUCUUAUUUAUUGUAUCCUUUCCUGUUGCACAAUCCUUUAAUAGAGAUCUGAUCCAUUCCAUAUUCAAAAGGCGCCAACACUGCUUCACUUUCUUACAUUUAAAGAAAAUGUGUCCACAAUCCAGUGUUCUUAAGGCGUCGCCUAGGCGUCCAGACGACCCCCCAGCGCCUUGCAAAAUGGUCGCCUAGGCGGGCAAGGCGGCUGCCUAGGCGUCCAAGGCGGGCGCCUAGGCGUCCAGGCGGUGGUGCAUUGUCAUGCCUCGCCUUUACGCCUUAAGAACUAUGCCACAAUCUUCGUCAAAUUUUUUGCAAACUGGGCAUAAUGUAUCCAGCUUUAUCCCUCGAUGAGCAAUAUUUCUUCUUACUGGGGGACUAUUAUGAGCAAAUCUCCAAAGAAACAUUUGAACUUUGUUAGGGACUUUAAGUUUCCAUAUCUUAUACCACUGAAAUCCAUUCCCAUCUGAUGUGGAAGCAUCCCUUCCGGCAAGAGCCUCCCUCCUAGCCACUGCAAUUUUAUAUGCUGACUUCACAGAAAAAAUACCUUUUGCAUCAAAAUGCCAGGCAGGCCAGUCAUCCAUGUCAACAUCAAUAGGAAUACGAAGUAUCUCUUCGGCAUCCCAUGGCCAGAAGAUAUCUUGUACCAAUUGUACGUCCCAAUCACCAGUCACUGGAUUAGUAAGUGUUGCCCAGAGGGCAGCUUGGCCCUUGGCCGCUUGGAUUGAAUCAAAACUUGAGAUUACAGAGUAUAGAAGAGGGAGGGGGGUCUACCACUUAUAUAGCAGUGUGGUCAGCCACCCACUCCAGAAUAUGCUAAAGCAAAAGUAAAGAUGCCUGCUCCAAACUUGGAUACCAAGGCACUGCUACUACUAAUGCAGAAAUUAAGAUACAUAACAAUUAGGCUUAACUAACAUUCUCCCCCUAAGCCUAAUGCUGAUCGAUCUGCUCCAGCCCAAUCCUCCUCCUCAUCUCCUGAAAUUUGGCCUUUCCCAGAGACUUGGUGAGUAUGUCUGCAAGCUGAUCAGUAGUAGGGAUGUGGCUGGCCUUGAUACUUCCAUCUUCCAGGCAGUCUCUGAUGAAGUGGUACUUGAUUCUUAUGUGCUUGCUCCUGUCAUGGAAGACUGGGUUCUUGGCCAGAGCUAAAGCAGACUUGCUGUCCACCUUCAACUCCACCACAUCAACUUCCUUGCCCAGCAGCUCCCCGAGCAGUUUGGACAACCAUAGUGCUUGAGUUGCAGCAGAGGCAGUAGCAAUGUAUUCUGCCUCGCAGCUUGACAAGGCCACCACUCUCUGCUUGAUUGACUGCCAGCUGACCAGACAAUCGCCCAAGAAGAACAUAGUCCCACUGGUGCUCUUGCUUGUAUCGAUGUCACCGGCGAGGUCGCUGUCGCAGUAGCCGAUGAAGCGCGCUGUUCCGGGAGCCCUCUUGUAGUGAAGACCAUAGUCCAGAGUCCCAGCAACGUAGCGGAGGAUGCGCUUCACCGCCUGCAGAUGCUCCACCGUGGGCCGCUCCAUGAACCGGCUCACGUACCCGACGGCAAACGCCAAGUCCGGCCGGGUAUGCACGAGAUACCGGAGGCUGCCGACAAGCCGCCGGUAGUGCGUGGAGUCCACCUCCUCAGCCUUGCUCUCCCUGCUCAGGCGAAGCUUCUCUUCCAUGGGCGUGUGCGCCGGAUUGCAGCCAAUCAUUUCGCCGAGCUCGAGGAUCCGCUUGGCAUAGUGAGUCUGGCGAAGAGUGAUGCCACUGGCAUCCUGACGCACCUCGACGCCGAGAUAGAAGCAGAGUAAGCCAAGGUCGCUCAUGUCGAACCUUUCCUUCAUCUGCGCCUUGAAGCUCUUGACCUCCUCCUCCUCAGCGCCAGUGAUGAUGAGGUCGUCGACGUACACCCUGACGAGCAGGACAGAGCGUCCGCUGCCCCGCCGAUACACGGCCGCCUCGUGCGUGCUCUAGGUGAAGCCCAUCUCCUUCAGGGUGGCGUCCAGCUUCGCGUUCCAGGCGCGCGGUGCCUGCCGCAAGCCGUACAGGGCCUUGCGCAGGCGGUACACCUUGCCUUCUUCUCCGGCGACGGCGAAGCCCGGUGGCUGGCGCACGUAUACCUCCUCCUUGAGGUUGCUGUUCAGGAAGGCGGACUUCACGUCCAUGUGAUGCACCGACCACCCUUCCUCAGCCGCCAGCGCGAGGAGGACGCGCACCGACUCCAUGCGCGCCACGGGGGCGAACGCAUCAUCGUAGUCGACGCCCUCCUGCUGGACGAAGCCUCGCGCCACCAAUCGAGCCUUGUGCUUGAUCACUGAGCCCUUCUCGUCCUUCUUGAGCUUGAAGACCCAUUUCAGGGUGAUCGGGCGGUGACCAGCAGGCAGUUUGACAAGCUCCCAGGUCUUGUUCUUCUCCACGGACUCGAUCUCCUGCUUCAUGGCGGCCUCCCACGCCGGAUCACCUCGUGCCUCCGCGUGGUUGAUGGGCUCGCCAGCGUGCGUGAGGUGGAGCUGGGCGAAGAGGCGCGGCGCCAGGUCUGGAGGAGACACAUCUCCCAGGAUGUUGGUCAUCUUGCGGUACCGGAGGGGCUCGUCGUCGUAGAAGGCGUCCAAGCGAUCCUCGUCAUCCUCCAGCGGCGUCGCGAGCUCGAUUUGGGGCUGAUCGGUGGUCGGAGUAGUGGUCGGAGAUGGUGUCGCAGCAGCUCCAGCACCGCUCCCGUUCUCCCCCGGAGCCGGUGAGCUUGAUGGCGUGGUCGGAGUGGUCGGAGUCGCUGAAGUGGCCGGUGUGGUCGGAGAUGGUGCAGGCGAGGCUAGAGCAACUGCGGUGGCCGGAGUGGUCGAAGCAGAGGAGGUUGUUGAAGACUCGCCCCGAGCUCCACACUUCUCGCUGAUCACCGCGUACUCGAUGACGAACUCCGUGUUCACUGGAGCUGCGUCCUCUCCAGCCUUCGCCCAGUCCGAGCCGCGGCUCUCGUCGAAGAUGACGUCCCGCGACACGCGCACUCGCUGCGUCGCCGGGUCGAGCACGCGGUACGCCUUGGCACCGUCGGCGUAGCCGAUGAAGAUGCCGGGGCGACUCCGAUCAUCCAACUUCUUCAGCUGGGUGAGGUCCUUGGUGUAGGCCACACACCCGAACGUGCGCAAGUGACCCACCGCCGGCGUCUUGCCGUGCCAUGCCUCAUAAGGCGUCUUGCCCUGCAAGCUCUUGGUAGGCGCUCGGUUCAGGAGAUGGACAACAGUCACCACUGCCUCCCCCCAAUACCAAGCCGGAAGGCACCUCUGCUUCAGCAGCGCACGAGCCAUGGCCACCACCGUCUGGUUCUGAUGCUCCACGACUCCAUUCUGCUGCGGCGAGUAGGGGGCGGUGUAGUGGCGCUCGAUUCCUUCGUCGGCGCAGUAGGCCGCAAACUCCAUGGCGGUGAAUUUGCGACCGUUGUCGGUGCGCAACACCUGGAGCUUGCGUCCGCUCCCCUUCUCAGCUACAGCUUGGAGAUGUUUGAUGGCGUCCGCGGCGGCGUCCUUGGUGGUCAGCAGUGCCACCCACAUGUACCGCGUGGCGUCGUCGACGAGUAGCAGGAAGUAGCGUCUGCCACCCGGAGUCGCCGGCGUGAUUGGGCCGCAGAGAUCGCCGUGGACGAGCUUGAGCGGCUCCUGCGCGCGGUACUCAGCCUCCGCCGGGAACGGGGCUCGACGGUGCUUGGCGAGGACGCACGUGUCGCAGAACUGCCCGACGUGGGUGAUCGCAGGCAAUCCGCGCACCAUGUCAUUCUUGGACAGCUGCCGGAGAGCGUCGAAGUGGAGAUGACCGUAGCGCUCAUGCCAGCGCCGUGCCGCAUCAUCCUUGCGUGCGGCGAGGCAGAGUGGCUUGGCCUGGUUCAGAUGCAGAACGUAGAGGCGGUUGGCACCGCGGCGCACCUUGACGAGUAGCCACCGAUGUCGAUCUCAAAUCCUCAGGAUGCCGUGCUCGAUCUCCACCUUUGAUCCCCCCUCGUCCAGUUGGCCGAGGCUCAUGAUCGAGUUCCUGAGCGCCGGGAUGAAGUAGACGCCGUGGAGCACCCGGUGCUCCCCGUUCUUCGCUUCGAAGAUGAUGGACCCGACGCCAUGGAUCUCCACCUUCGACUCGUCGCCGAACCUCACCGAUCCUCUGGCCGAUGUGUCCAGGUUGGUGAAGAGCUCGCGUCGGCCGGUCAUGUGGUGGGUUGCACCGCUGUCUAGGUACCAUCCGUCCAUCUUCUCUCCAUUGCCGGUGUCGAGGUAGGCGCGCGCACGGGGUUCAUCAAGCUCGAGGCAGCCGCUCUUGGUGCAGAAGAUUGAAGCUUGAGCCUUGCUGCAGCUCCCUUGUGCGUCGAGCUCCAGGAAGCCAUGCGCGAGGAAGGCGGCAGCGUCCUCAUCCACUUGGGCGACGUUGGCGGCGCCACCGCGCUCUCGGUUAUGUCGGGGAUGAGGGCAGUCUCGGGCCCAGUGGCCUGCUUGAUGGCAGUUGAGGCAGAGGUCGUCGCGAUUCGCCUUGCGCUCGCCGUCCGCACCUCCUGCCUUGUCCGCCUGCGCCCCUCCGCCACCGGCUCCGCCUCCGUCGCGAUCGCCGCGCGGCUUGUUCUUGCCACCGCGAGGUCGCCGUCGCUUGUCCUUGGACGGCCCGGCUACUUCCUCCUUCUUCUUCUUGUCGAAGGCCCGCCACUGUUCGGCGGUGUACAGAAGCUUGCCGCCGGCGUUGGAGGAUUCGAGGUCACCGCCAGCUCUCGGUCCUGGACCGACUUGAGCCGGCCGGUGACGUCCUCGAUGGUGAGCGCGCCGAAGUCGAGCAGGGUCUCGAUCGAGUUCACGAUCUGCCUGUACUUCUUUGGCAUGCACCGAAGGAGCUUCUCGACGGCGCGCUCUUCGGUGAGGUCGGUGUCGCCGUUCAGCUUCAUCUGCUCCAUCAGACUGCUGAGGCGCACGGCGAAGUCCUCGACAUGUUCGCCGGGCUGAAAGGCGAGGCCUUCCCACUCCCCGCGAAGGCGCUGCAGCGUCGCGCGGCGUACCCGGUCACCGCCGACUCUGCGUAGCGCGAUGGCGUCCCACGCCAGCUUCGCCGUCCUCUUGUUGGCGAUGGAAGGCCGCGAUGUCGAGUGGAACAGCGGCGCACAGAGCCUCCAAGGCCCGGCGAUCCUCCUCAUACGUGACGCCACCGAAGUGAACUGCAUCCCAAAGAUGUCGAGCUUGGAGCUUUACCUUCAUCAGGAGACUCCACUCGUGGUAGUUGCUCUUGGUGAGCAUCGGCCACGGCGUCCCGGCCCCGGAGUCGCGGUAGACCAUCUGCGGCACCGGCGAACGCCCGCGACGACCACGGCGCCGCUCAGGAGACGACGACUGGCGGCGGCGCUCGGGGGUGCGCGAUCGCGAUCCCGCGGAGACCGCAUCCUCCUGCUCCAGCUCCUGGCGCAGGGCGGCCGCGGUUGACGCUGCUGCUGCCUGCUGGGCCGUGACGGCCGCGGCCGCCGCCGCUGCCUCUGCGGCAGCAAGGCGCGUCCUGCGGUCAUCUCCCCCCGCGCCGAAGGCUCCAGCGCUCCGCUGCUCCACCGUGGAUGCUACAGCUGCUGCUGCGGCGGCGGCGGCGGCGGCGGCUGCCCGGACGCGAGCACUCUCUGUGGACAUGGCUCUCUCUGGGUAAACCCUAAAGCUCUAGAUACCAAUUGUUGCCCAACUCAUGAAAACUUGGAUCUGGGGAAUGCCCAAAGGGCAGCUUGGCCCUUGGCCGCUUGGAUUGAAUCAAAACUUGAGAUUACAGAGUAUAGAAGAGGGAGGGGGGGUCUGCCACUUAUAUAGCAGUGUGGUCAGCCACCCACUCCAGAAUAUGCUAAAGCAAAAGUAAAGAUGCCUGCUCCAAACUUGGAUGCCAAGGCACUGCUACUACUAAUGCAGAAAUUAAGAUACAUAGCAAUUAGGCUUAACUAACAGUAAGCUCAUUUACCUUGGUAAUAAGAGAUGUUCACCUUGGUGUUGCCGGCUUCCUUGUUAUGCCCCUGGGCAGCCAAGGAUUUUCCCAUAUUCUCACUCUUUCUCCAUUCCCAAUACGCCAAAUUUAUCCUUCUUUUAGCAGCUCUGCUCCUUUUAGGAUACUCCUCCAUGUAUAUGAAAUUCCAGCCUUUGGAACACACCGAAGAAUAUCACUUUGUGGAAAAUAUUUUGCCUUGAGAACUUGCCCACACAACGUGUCGGGAUUAAUGAGUCUCCACGCUUGUCUGCAUAACAUAUCCAUAUUGACUAGAUGUAAGUCCCGAAAACCAAGGCCUCCAUUUUUCUUUGAUUUGGUAAGGUUUUCCCAGCUUAGCCAAUGUAUUUUAUUAGUUUUGUCCUGCUGGCUCCACCAGUACCUUGCAAUCAUCAUGCUCAACUCAUCACAAAGUCCUUUAGUAAGGCCGAAACAUGACAUGGCAUAAGUAGGAAUGGAUUGUGCAACAGCUUUCACUAGAAUCUCUUUCCCAGCCUUGGAAAGGAGCUUCUCUUGCCAACCCUGAAUUCUGCUCCAUAAUUUCUUCUUAAUGUACUCAAAAGUCUUUUUUCUCGAUAUUCCAACUGAUACUGGAAGACCUAAGUACUUUUCACCUGUAGCUUCAAGAUCUUGGAUUUCAUUUGUAUUUUCACAUGCUGACUUAUAUUUGGACUGAACAUUAUAUAUGAUUUAUCCUUGUUGAUAACUUGCUCUGAAGCACGUUGAUACACUUCCAGAAUACGUAAUAAUUCUUGUGCACCACUUACUUCUGCCUUCAUUAGAAUUUGGGAAUCAUCUGCAAAGAAAAGGUGAUUCACGCUCGGAGCAUGUUGGCAUAUCUUUCCCAUCAUUUGUGCCCUUUGUAACAAAGUUGAUAGCCCUUCUGCACAUAAAAUAAAUAAAUAAGGCGAGAGAGGAUCACCCUGUCUUAAGCCCCUUUGAGGAGAGUUGUUAACUUUUAUAUAGUAGUGAGAGUCGUCUACAAAAUAAAAGUUAACGACUCUCACUACUAUAUCUUAGAAUAUUGAAGUCACGCUCCAAAAUCAUGGGGUAUUUCAUUUUAGAACAAAAAUUGGUCAAUUCAGCAAUUGAUCCUUCGAAUCCUCUUGGGCAGAAAAGCCAGUUAGGCAAUUACUUCUACCAUCACACUCCAUUUUUUUAGAGUGAUAAGUUACUGGUGCAUAUGAUCUGUCUGUUGCUAUUAUGAUUGUUGGAGAUCAUUGGCGCUCUAUUUUUACAUGAAAAAACAACUGCAGGAUAUGGUUGGAAUCACAUGUGCUAGCAGUACACAUUUCAUUUUGUUGGUCAUUUGAGAUGGAUGUGAGUAGUUUUUAUCACUGCCAGUUAUGGGUGGUUGAUAGAAAAGCCUCAGAGGCUUGUGUGCUGUGUGCUGUAUACCUUUGCUUACAAAUAAGUGGUUUUAAUAACUGGUUUACAUGAUCCUCGCCCCCUUUUCAUCUCAAGAUGGGUUCUGUAGCAACAGCUUCAUGAGUCCUUUGUCUUGCCAUUUUUGAUUGUACAGAUGAUGUUUGAUGCAUCCAAACAUUUAUUUGAUAGUAUAUAGGUAUGCUUCAUUCAGUCAUAUGCUUGUGAGGAUGAACAUUUCCCAAGCAACUAACACAACAGUUGCCCAGUUUUUUGCUGGUGAUGGCAUACGAACACAAACUUUUGCUAAGCAGAUAUUUGGAAAAACGUACAAUGUUAUUGCUGAUAGUUGAGGCCACUGGUCAACUCCAAAUGAAAUUACUGAACCUUUUCCUUUGGUUUGCGUCCAUUCUUUCGAAAGUACAGAAAAUCGUUUACAUGUCUGUUCUUUUUUGUGAUGUCAAAAAUCGACUAGUAUAUCUGGUUCAUAUCAUGGUCAGCACCUGGUAAAGCCUGACCUUAGUUCUGUUAUUCCUACUAAACAGUGGCGUGGUUUUGCACCAUUUAGUACAUUGGAAUACAAUUAGGACAACUUACUCAAAUAAAAUUGGACUGGAACGA